AAUGAAGUACUAUACACCCAAGCACAGAACUCAACAAGGCGAACAUAGGCCUAACAUACACCUCGCCAAGUGUUUACACAAGUCACGAAGGCCACACGUUGUUACAUCACCUGCUUUAUCAUGUACCCUGUAAUUUGAAGCUGCAAAAUGCCGCCUAAGGAAAACUUCAAGACUUUAAGUUUUCUUUGCACAACCAUAGACAAAUGUAUACACUGAAGAAUACACUUAGCCAAGUUACACAAUGCAGUCUAUGCCUCUAUGGUACAAUUGUUACAUCAUCAGUUAUGUCACGUUUCGUUCUAGGCAGUGUGUAGCUGCAAAACACUACCUUAACCAAACCUUGAGAGAUACAGUUUUCUCUACAUACAAGACAUCCAUAGACACACAAUAAUCAAUGCAAGGGGCACAAUAAGAGCACCGUUGAACGUAGAGUAUAUUCCAACAGCCACAGCAGACGAAUUUCCAGCCUGCCAGCUGACACUAUUUACAGUUAUCCACAUCUAGGAGUCAGCUUGCAUGACACCUGCACUGGAUGGCGUUGCAUGACCUUAUCAAGCCUUCCUCUGUGGGACCCCAGGUGAAGGUGAGAAGGCAAGAUCCCUGGAGGCGAAGAAGUUGAUGAAUGCUGCCCAGAGUCGGUAAUUAGCGGCGGAAAUACCUGAGGAAAGAAUGGUAUACAGGAAUCUUGUCCGACUAGGCCUUCUUGGGGUGGGCAGUGGAGUGGUCACCUACAAUUUUGAUGAGCUGGAGACUGCAGGCAUUGGUGCUGUGAGGUUUGGCCGGGCAGCAGUGACGGUGACAAAGAUUGUUGCUGACUAUAAAAGCACCCUGUACUCUGGGAAGAUCACUCCAAAUUCAGAGGAAUACAGUAUUGCCAAGUCUCAGGCACACCUUCGUGCUGCUCAGAAGCUACUGGAGCUCUGCUGUGUGAAUGGAGGUGCCUUUGUCAAGGUUGGCCAACACUUGGGUUCUCUGGAAUACUUGCUGCCUCAGGAAUAUGUGAAUACCAUGAAGGUACUCCACUCCAAGGCUCCUGAGUCCCCCCUGGAGGAUAUCAAACAAGUGUUGGAGGAGGAACUCAAAUGCAAGCCUGAAGAUUUGUUUGUGGAGUUUGAGCCGAGGCCACUGGGAGCUGCAUCACUGGCCCAGGUGCACCGUGCCACACUAAAAGAUGGCCGAGAGGUGGCAGUGAAGGUACAGCACCCCUUGGUGAAGGCACACUCCAAGGUGGACAUGAAGGGCAUGGAGCUCCUUGUUCAAGCUGUGACUAUGGUCUUCCCGGAAUUUGACUUUACGUGGCUUGUUGAGGAGAUGAAAAAAAACCUUCCUGCAGAACUAAAUUUCUCCACAGAGGCCAACAAUGCUGAGAGAGUAGCAGCCCAGUUCUCCCACCUGCCAUGGCUAAAGAUCCCAAAGGUGGAGUGGCCCCUUACCACAGAGCGAGUCUUGACCAUGGAGUUCUGUGAGGGAGGGCAGGUGAAUGACCGUUCCUACAUGUUGACCCAUGGCAUCAACACCCAUGACGUCUCUGAGAAGAUUGGCCGCCUAUACUCAGAGAUGAUCUUCGUCAAUGGUUACGUGCACUGUGACCCUCACCCAGGCAAUGUGCUUGUGCAGGCUGGGAAUGGCAAGGGUGCUCAGAUUGUGUUGUUGGAUCAUGGUCUCUACACAAACCUGACAAAUGACUUCCGGCUCACAUACAGCAAGCUCUGGCUCAGUAUCCUGGAUGCGGACCUGGAGGCCAUCCAGCGUCAUGGCAAUCAGCUGGGCGUGGGGGAGCUGUACGGCCUGUUUGCCUGCAUGGUGACGGGGCGCUCCUGGGACUCCAUCUCUAAGGGCAUUGAUAAAAAAGCACGCACAUCUGAGGAGCAAGACGAGAUUAAGGCAGAUGCAGCAAAGUACCUCCCAGAGAUCUCAGCAGUGUUAAGCCGUGUUCCUCGCCAGAUGCUUCUUAUCUUCAAGACCAAUGACCUGCUGCGUGGCAUUGAGUUCUCCCUCGACACACACAAGAGCAUGCGUUCCUUCAUCACAAUGUCGCAUUGCUGCAUCCACUCCCUGUUUGAUCACCGCCGCUCCCUCUGUGACGGCUCCAGGCUGUGCAGGGCGAGAGUCAGUCUGUCUGAGGCCUGGGCACAACUACGGGUCUCCCUCUACGCCCUCUACUUAUACCUCCUACAGUCCGGGCCAGUCAAGUACUUCCUCCAAGGGUCAGGUCAAGUCCUUCCCCAAAUGUGACCCUUAUAAGCAGGUUUACGUGCCAUUGUUUGUAGGGUUGGCUUAUGUUUGGUUCAGUAUUAUUUUUUUUUUAUUUUUGUUGAUGUGUUUAGCUUGGGGUAUUGUUGAACUUGCUGUACUGUACAUAGUGACUUGGUAAUGGUUGUAAAUAAGGGUGAUGACUUUUAGUAUUAGUUAUUUAUAUGUGCAGGGAUAGAGAGAGAGUGUGUGAGAGGUGCUUUGUUGGUCUAUUGUUCUCAGGUAAUACCAUACAGGCUUCCCCCGGUGUAGUGUAUGUGUUCUCUCUAGGCACUCCACAUGACUCACUCCCUCCAUCCUCUGCACUGUCUGGGUUCCAUCAGAUUCAUGGGUGCAAUGUUACCAAUGUAUAUGGUCAGUCUUCUGUAAAUUUAUUAAUUAAUUCUGGUAUCACAAAUUACAGAACAAUGUGAGAUUAAUGUUAGUUUAUUGGUAGAGAGAGAGAGAGAGAGAGAGAGAGAGAGAGAGAGAGAAUACAUAAUUUUGUACAUUUUGACCAAUACAUGACAGCAUUUAAACUAGAUUUUUAUUAACAUAAUCUAGUUGAAUACUCGUAAUUCUAAAACAGUAAUAUUUCAAUAUCCUUUAUCUCAUGGGAAUACAGGAAUUAAAAUACAA